AUGGCGUGUGUGUUGGCGCCGAAAGCGCGCCCUUUAGGACUCGAUCGGCGACCCCUGAUUGCACCCUCACCUCCCCGCAGCGUUUCCUCGCGCGCUUCCUUUCCGAAGGCCAGCGCAUCGAGACGAAGGCUUCGUCCGUGCCUUUUGUCGUCAGUCCUGUCCGUAGACACCCCCUGGAAGCGCGUCAGCGUGCGCUGCGGCGCGGUUCGUGACUGGUACCAGGUCCUAGGCGUCGCCCGCAGCGCCACAACGAAGGACAUCAAAGCUAGAUACCGGCGACUUGCGCGCAGAUACCACCCAGACGUCGACCCGAGCGAGGAAGCCUCCAGGGUGUUUCGGGAACUCACGAACGCAUACGAAGCCCUCAUAGACGAGAAACUUCGCGCCGAGCUGGACGCACGGCUCCGAAACACAUCCGCCACGAGAGACACGAAGGGAGAAGACCUCAAGGUGUCGUUGACAGUCCCGUUCGCAAACUGCGUGACGGGCGGGCGGCAGGUGGUGUCGGCGCGCCGGCUCGCGCGGUGCUGGCAGUGCGACGGCCACGGAGCCGACGUCGGGGGCGCCGCGGACUGCACCGUGUGUCGCGGGAAGGGCGUCGUUGCUCGGUUUAAGCGCACGGGGGGUGCGACGGAUGCGUCGGGCGGGGCGGGGGCGGGCCCGGAGCGCGUGGAGACGACCGGGAAGUGUCCGGCGUGCAACGGGCACGGCACGAAGGUCGUGCGCGUGUGCCCAGCGUGCCGCGGGGGCGGGCGCGCGGCGCGCAUGGUCACGGUGCCGAUACGGCUCCCGGCGGGGCUCGAAGACGGCGCGUGGCUGCGCGUCCGCGGGCAGGGCAACGAGGGCACGGGCGGGGGGCCGUCAGGGGACCUCCUCGUCAAGCUGGUGAUCGAGGCCGGCUCGGGCAUGCGCCGGCGCGGGCUGGACGUCGUGUCCGACAUGGAGGUGCCGCUGUGGGACGCGAUGCUCGGAACGACGCAGAUCGGGCACACGUGCCACGGGCCGUGCGCUGUGACGGUGCCGCCGGGGUGCCAGGACGGCCACGAGCUGCGCGUGCCCGGCGGCGGCGUGCGGCCGGCGGCGAGCCGCGGCGCCGUGCAGGGCAGCCACGUGUUCCGCGCGCGGCUUAUACUCCCCCACCCUGAUGACAUGUCCGAGGAGGAGUUGGAGCUGCUGGAGGCGCUGCGGGGCGAGGGGGGGGAGUGUGCGGCUGUGGGGAGGGCUGAGGGCCGCGGCGAGGCGCGCGAGGAGUGA